CUGUUGAAGACCAGGCGUCCUUCGUCGAAACCGCAGAUACCACCUUUGCUUCAGCCCGACGUGACGCGACGAUCUCGAGCAUCACGUCUUUCACGCAUAAACCGCCAGCGGUCGACUCUGUCGUCUCCACCAUCGAAACGGCGUCGACGUCGAGCGCGAAGGCGCGUCCAAAACCGCGUCCGAUCAAGACGUAUAGCAAGGCGUCGCGGUCGCCCCCAGAAGCCGGCCCCAGCAACCUCGACUCGUCGCUGUAUGCAGGAGCGGCUCCAGAACACGACAGCAUCACUGCGCGUGUGCCGAACGCGACUGCAGGUGACGUGCCCUUCUCAAGUCUCGCGGACCGCGCCAAAAUGCGUCGGCGGAAGGCGAUGGUACCAAUACCAGACGCCGACGUUAUCGAGCUAGACUGGGACUCGGACGACGAAGCCAUCCAGUCCGCGAACACGUCAAAGCUCAAAGCUCCCUUCAGCAAGUCCAAGUCCACAGCUACGGCCAAGGAUCGCGACACAGCUCCACCCAAGAAGAAGACCAAGACGUCGAAGAACGUCAAACCCAAUGUUCAGAAUGACGAUGACGACAACGCGUAUUCUUCCUCCCUCUAUCGCAGAGACCCUCCCGCGGAACCCGACCCAUGCAAGAAAGCACUGCCCAAACCUCGCCCGCUUGGCCGUAAACGCGCAUCCCCACCGCCACUCCCUCCUUUCCACGCGGAACCGCUGUUCAUACCCUCCCAAACCGACCCCGAGCCCUUUGCGCCACCCCGCUCUCAGGAAUCCCUGAUCACCCUCCCCAUCGCCACGAGCGACUUCGGCUUGCCGCCGUCCUCCAUCCUCCCGAACUCCACGCCAGACUCGGUGCCAGCGCCACGACGCCAAGUCGAGGUCGUGAUGCCGCUGCCCCCGCCCCGCAUGCCCGAACCGAGCAACUUCUUCGCUCCCAGUUCGUCUGCUUCCGGUAUACCAGGUCUCGGGAAGCCCGAGAGUUCCCGCGGCGAUCAGGAAAGGCAUCCUUCAGACUCGGGCGUCGACCUCGACGCCGACUUCGCUCUGGACAACCCAAAGCCGAAGAAGAAGAAGCGAUCCAAGGUGGACGCGGAAGACGAGGCCGACUGGGACGGGGCCGAGCAAUCCUCGACGAAGAAGAAGAAAAGCACGAAAAAGGAGAAGGAGAAGGGCACGAAGAGGAGGCCGACGAAGAGCUCGACACCUGCAAAUGAUGCAGGUGUCAAAAAAUCGGCGAGGGCGAAGGCGAAAGGCAAGGAGACGCUGAAGGUCACCAGCGCCGAGUUCAUCGUCGACUCGGAAGACGAGGAUGGGCUCGGCAUCGCUCCGAAUCCGGCGCCAGCCCCGCAGCUACAAGGUUCUAACGCGGAUCCGGUGUCAGACGGGGACGAUCCCCUGGCCCUACCGCCGUUUGACGGUUCCAGGACCGACAAGCCUCCAGCCCGUUCACGCACCCAGCAUAUCAUCAGCUCCGAUGACGACGAGCCCGUCGAGCAACCUGCACUUCCAGCUAGCGAGAAGAUAUCUGCCAAGGCGAGCCGAACAGGAACACAAAAACGCAAAGCCAGGCCGAAGGACACGGACGACUUUGCGGACGGUGACGACGCUGAGUAUGGGGCGAUGCCGCCCCCGAAGCGCAAAGCCGGCAAAUUGGGCUCUAAGGCGAAGAAAGACGCGAGCUCACUUGCUGAUAGUAACGACGAGCAUGGUCCUGCCCGCAAGCCGGCGAAACCGAGUACAAGCUCAAAGAAGAAGCAAAAAACCGUCGCGAACGAAGACGAUGACCAUGACGAUGUCCGCCCAGACGUACCCAGAACCACGCAUGCGCGCUCUGACCUGCCGGGUGACGACGAGGACGAGCUGACUCCCACAUCGGAUCCCGAUCCAGUGCAACCUCUGGCCGGAUCGAAGGAGAACAUCCGUCCGUCCACGCCACCAAGAUCGCAAUCGUCGCGCUCCUCGGCCGUCGCUCUGCCGUCAAAGCCCCGGUCCACUUCGCCCGCCGCUCCUGUCACACCUGCUCCUCUACCGAGACCUGCGAACACGACUUUCUCGGCUGUCAGGCGCUCGAGCAGCAUCGCCAGCACGAGAUCAACGCCCAUGUCAGAGCUCAUCCGCCGAGCGUCCGCGAAGGCGGCAACGGCUGGCGCGCCAUUUUCCUCCCCCGCACCCAACGGCAAGAGCUAUUCGCCGUUCGCGAAGUCAUCAAGAUCCGCGUUAUCACGGAUUGCGCCCUUGCAUCCCAACCGACGUACGCCACCUCCAGCCCCUCCUCCGCCAC